UCUCCUAUAAAACGCCCCAAGUGAGACCUAAUCUAUAUUCAUAUGGCUUAUCUUAAAUUCCAGUGUUCCUUCUCUGCAAUCUCCUUGCUUCUCUUGACAAUUCUGGUUCUUUCUUCGGCUAAUUAUGAUGGUAAGUAUAAAUAUAAUGGCUCAAACCCUUAUUCUGAUGAGAAGCCCAAGCCAGAAAACGACAAUAUAUUAUCUACAACUAUAGCCAUUCAGGGAAUGGUUUACUGCAAAGAAGGCCACGAUCAACCCUUCCCUCUCGAAGGAGCUGUGGUGAGGAUAACAUGUGAUGCUGUCGAUAAGGUCGGUUUCGAAACGACGCCGUUCUCGUUCUUGAGUGAAGCGACUAAAGGAAAUGGUUAUUUCUUGGCAACAUUGUGUCCUUCAGAGAUUUCAGCCAAUAGAAAGCUUACAAAAUGCAAGGCAUUUCUCGAGCUCUCUCCAUCCGACACGUGUAAUGAUCCGAUGGAUGUUAACAAUGCUGUUAGUGGUGCACUCCUUUCUUCCCAUCACUUCCUUGAGGAGAAGAAGAUGAAAAUGUACACUGUUGGGCCUUUCUUUUUCACCACAGAACCUCAACCAGUCUCUAAUGGUUACUAGUUUAUGGGUUGAUCAUGUUU